CCCCUCGCCUCCCUCCCUCGUCCCCUCCCCUCCUCCCUUGCGGACUGGAGCUAGGGGCAGGGAUGAGCCUGUCCCUCUGGACCGUCCCCUGCUCCCCCAGCUGCCCAGUAGCGUUGCGCGUGGAAAAGCCACUUUCCCCGCCCGCCGAGAUGGGCUCGAGUGCGGGCUGCAGAGGACGCGUCCUCGGGCGGCAGCAGCAGCAGCAGCAACAGCCGCAGCGCCGCGGUCUCUGCGAUUGAGCUGGUAUUUGGGCGGCUGGUGGCGGCGGGGACGGUUGGAGGGUGGGAGGAGGCAGAGGAGGAGGAGGAGAAGGAGGAGGAGGGAGAACCCCGUGCAACGUUGGGACUUGGCAGCCCGCCUCCCCCUGCCCAAGGAUAUUUAAUUUGCCUCGGGAAUCGCUACUUCCAGAGGGGAACUCGGGAGGGAAGGCGCGCGCGCCUGGAGGGCCAAGCGGGGACUCCUCCGGCCGUCUCUGCCUCCCUGCAUCGGACUCUACCAGGGGCGGCAAGGGAUGCACCAUAGCUCCUUCUCUGCUGCAGGGACUGGGGGAGACUUAGUCCUCGGAAGAUUGCGGCUGCACUCACCCUAGACCCACUGCCUUUCCCUCUGGGCAUGAAACGCCCUUAAACUCGGAUCAGGCUAUCUUCCUUUGGCGCAGCUACCUCGUCCUUCGGCUGCCCCUCCCCAGCGCCGGGAACGGCGUGAAUUUCGGAGUCAGGGUUUCUGCUUGCUUCCUCCAGCCCGGAGUGCAUGUGCGGGGCCGCACUGAGAAGCCACCCCUCACCCAGUUUUUCGACACCUCCCUCUGCUCCGCAGCAGCAUGGCGAGCCCUCCGGAUACCGAUGGCUUCUCAGACGUGCGCAAGGUGGGUUACCUGCGCAAACCCAAGAGUAUGCAUAAGCGCUUUUUCGUGCUGCGGGCGGCCAGCGAGGCCGGGGGCCCGGCGCGCCUGGAGUAUUAUGAGAACGAGAAGAAGUGGCGGCACAAGUCGAGCGCCCCCAAACGCUCGAUCCCCCUCGAGAGCUGUUUCAACAUCAACAAGCGGGCUGACUCCAAGAACAAGCACCUGGUGGCUCUCUACACCCGAGACGAACACUUUGCCAUUGCGGCGGAUAGCGAGGCUGAACAAGACAGCUGGUACCAGGCUCUUCUGCAGCUGCAUAAUCGGGCAAAGGCCCACCAUGACGGGGCUGGAGGAGGCUGCGGUGGUAGCUGCAGCGGCAGCUCUGGCGUCGGAGAGGCAGGGGAGGACUUGAGCUAUGACACGGGCCCAGGACCCGCGUUCAAGGAGGUCUGGCAGGUUAUCCUGAAACCCAAGGGCUUGGGUCAGACAAAGAACUUGAUUGGUAUCUACCGCCUCUGCCUGACCAGCAAGACCAUCAGCUUUGUGAAGCUCAACUCCGAGGCUGCCGCUGUGGUGCUGCAGCUGAUGAACAUCAGACGCUGUGGCCACUCAGAGAACUUCUUCUUCAUCGAGGUGGGGCGUUCAGCUGUGACCGGACCCGGCGAGUUCUGGAUGCAAGUGGAUGACUCCGUGGUGGCCCAGAACAUGCAUGAGACCAUUCUAGAGGCCAUGCGGGCCAUGAGCGAUGAGUUUCGCCCGCGCAGCAAAAGCCAGUCUUCAUCCAGUUGCUCCAACCCCAUCAGUGUUCCCCUGCGCAGGCACCAUCUCAACAAUCCUCCGCCCAGCCAAGUGGGGCUGACUCGGAGAUCUCGAACUGAGAGCAUCACUGCCACCUCCCCUGCCAGUAUGGUGGGUGGGAAACCAGGUUCGUUCAGGGUGCGUGCCUCCAGCGAUGGCGAAGGCACCAUGUCCCGUCCAGCAUCAGUGGAUGGCAGUCCUGUGAGCCCUAGCACCAACAGGACCCACGCCCAUCGGCAUCGAGGCAGCUCCAGGUUGCACCCCCCACUCAACCACAGCCGCUCCAUCCCUAUGCCUUCUUCACGAUGCUCCCCUUCAGCCACCAGCCCAGUGAGCCUGUCAUCCAGUAGUACCAGUGGCCACGGCUCCACUUCAGACUGUCUCUUCCCGAGGCGCUCUAGUGCUUCCGUGUCCGGCUCUCCUAGCGAUGGCGGCUUCAUCUCUUCUGAUGAGUAUGGCUCUAGUCCCUGCGAUUUCCGAAGCUCCUUCCGCAGUGUCACCCCAGAUUCCCUGGGCCACACCCCACCAGCCAGGGGUGAGGAGGAGCUGAGCAACUAUAUCUGCAUGGGUGGCAAGGGAGCCUCCACCUUGACAGCUCCCAAUGGUCACUACAUUUUGUCUAGGGGUGGCAACGGCCAUCGCUACAUCCCAGGUGCUACCAUGGGGACGAGCCCGGCGCCGGCUGGAGACGAAGCCGCUGGUGCAGCAGAUCUGGAUAACCGGUUUCGGAAGAGAACUCACUCGGCUGGCACGUCCCCCACCAUUUCCCACCAGAAGACCCCCUCGCAGUCCUCAGUGGUUUCUAUUGAGGAAUAUACAGAGAUGAUGCCCGCUGCCUACCCACCAGGAGGUGGCAGUGGAGGCCGGCUGCCCGGCUACCGGCAUUCCGCCUUCGUGCCCACCCACUCCUAUCCCGAAGAGGGUCUAGAGAUGCACCACUUGGAACGUCGUGGGGGCCACCACCGUCCAGACACCUCCAACCUCCACACCGAUGAUGGCUACAUGCCCAUGUCUCCCGGAGUGGCUCCAGUGCCCAGCAACCGCAAAGGAAAUGGGGACUAUAUGCCCAUGAGCCCCAAGAGUGUAUCUGCCCCCCAGCAGAUCAUUAACCCCAUCAGGCGCCACCCACAGAGAGUGGACCCCAAUGGCUACAUGAUGAUGUCUCCCAGUGGUAGUUGCUCUCCUGACAUUGGAGGUGGGUCUAGCAGCAGUAGCAGCAUCAGCGCAGCCCCUUCUGGGAGCAGCUAUGGGAAGCCAUGGACAAACGGAGUAGGGGGGCACCAUACCCAUGCCCUUCCUCAUGCCAAACCUCCUGUUGAGAGCGGUGGUGGUAAGCUCUUGCCUUGCACAGGUGACUACAUGAACAUGUCGCCAGUGGGAGAUUCCAACACCAGCAGCCCCUCAGAAUGCUACUACGGCCCAGAAGAUCCCCAGCACAAGCCUGUCCUCUCCUACUACUCAUUACCAAGGUCCUUUAAGCACACCCAGCGCCCUGGGGAGCCAGAGGAGGGUGCCAGGCACCAGCAUCUUCGUCUCUCUUCAAGCUCUGGACGCCUUCGCUAUACCGCAACUGCCGAAGAUUCCUCCUCUUCCACCAGCAGCGACAGCCUGGGUGGGGGUUACUGUGGGGCUAGGCCAGAGUCUAGCGUCACACAUCCCCACCACCAUGCCUUGCAGCCCCAUCUGCCUCGAAAGGUAGACACAGCUGCACAGACCAACAGCCGCCUGGCUCGACCCACAAGGCUGUCCUUGGGGGACCCCAAGGCAAGCACUUUACCCCGGGUACGAGAGCAACAGCAGCAGCAACAGCAGCAGCAACAGCAGCAGCAGUCUUCCCUGCACCCUCCCGAGCCCAAAAGCCCAGGAGAAUAUGUGAAUAUUGAAUUCGGGAGUGGCCAGCCUGGCUAUUUAGCUGGCCCUGCAACUUCCCGUAGCUCCCCUUCAGUUCGAUGUCUACCCCAGCUCCACCCAGCUCCCAGAGAAGAGACUGGCUCGGAAGAGUACAUGAACAUGGACUUGGGGCCAGGCCGGAGGGCAACCUGGCAGGAGAGUGGUGGAGUUGAGUUGGGCAGAGUAGGCCCUGCACCUCCAGGGGCUGCUUCCAUUUGUAGGCCAACCCGGUCGGUGCCAAAUAGCCGUGGUGAUUACAUGACCAUGCAGAUAGGUUGUCCUCGUCACAGCUAUGUGGAUACCUCACCAGUGGCCCCAGUCAGCUAUGCUGACAUGCGGACAGGCAUUGCUGCAGAGAAGGUGAGCCUGCCCAGAACCACAGGAGCUGCUCCCCCUCCAUCCUCCACAGCCUCUGCUUCUGCUUCUGUUACACCUCAAGGGGCCGCUGAGCAGGCCGCUCACUCUUCCUUGCUGGGAGGCCCUCAGGGACCUGGGGGCAUGAGCGCAUUCACCAGGGUGAACCUGAGUCCCAACCAUAACCAGAGUGCCAAAGUGAUUCGUGCAGACACUCAAGGCUGCCGGAGGAGGCACAGCUCCGAGACCUUCUCGGCGCCUACUCGGGCUGGCAACACAGUGUCUUUUGGAGCAGGGGCUGCAGGAGGGGGCAGCGGUGGUGGCAGUGAGGAUGUGAAACGCCACAGCUCUGCAUCCUUCGAGAAUGUGUGGCUGAGACCCGGGGAUCUAGGGGGAGCCUUCAAGGAGUCGGCUCCAGGGUGCGGGGCUGCCGGGGGAUUGGAGAAGAGUCUUAACUACAUAGACUUGGAUUUGGUCAAGGAUGUUAAGCAGCACCCUCAAGACUGCCCCUCUCAACAGCAGUCCCUGCCACCCCCUCCCCCUCACCAGCCCUUAGGCAGCAAUGAGGGCAGCUCCCCAAGACGCUCCAGUGAGGAUUUAAGCACCUAUGCCAGCAUCAGCUUCCAGAAGCAACCAGAGGACCGUCAAUAGCUUAACUGGACGUCACAGCAGAAUGAAGACCUAAAUGACCUCAGCAAUCCUCCUUUUUAACUCAUGGGUACCCAGACUCGAACUCUUUCACGAUUCACAACCAGGACCUCACGUCUUCCUCCUCAGUAGAUGGUACGAUGCAUCCCUUACAGUUUGUUUACUUUGUACAAUCCUCAGGAGUUCAUUGACUGAACUGCACGUUCUUUAUUGUGCCAAGCAACAAGAAAGCACUGUGACACCGGAACAAUGAGUGUGCAUAAACUUCAUCUUGAACUUUAAGGACAGCUGGCCACGAAGAGCCGGUGUGCUCCCUGCCACGCCGAAAGAGGAUGGGUUUACUCUCGUCAAAUUUACAAGCAUACGGUUCCUCUACUCUGAAACCGUGUUCCAUGACACGCCGCUGUAAAUUAUUUCAUAUGGAACUGUUCGCGUUGGGUGGAGAGAGUAUUAAAUAUUUAACAUAGGUCUUGAUUUAUAUAUGUAAUUUUUUAAUGAAAAUGUAACUUUCCUCACAGCACAUUUUUUUUUUCUUUUGGAAUGUGGAACUGAGGUAUUCAAUGUUUUGUUUUAAAGAGUGGGAAGAAUACUUAAAACAAGGCUAAAAAGAGUAGACUAGGAGAUGAUCCUUGUUUUAAGAUUCUAAUUCAGAAAAAUAAUAUAAUAUGAAUCAUAGUGCCAUAGAAGGUUCUGGACUGUAUAGUUGUACUUGCUGAUGCUGUCUCUUGUAAUAUAAACUUGAUGUCGAGCUGAGUUCCUUUUAAGAAUUAAGCUUAGUUUUGUAAUUUUUUUUUCCAAACGGAAGGAGGAUGUAUUCUACUGGGGUGUUUUCAAGUGUCGGCUUAGAAUUGGAAGUUGAAUGGAAGCAAAGUUCAACAAAGAGAGGAAGCCACAGACUUCCAUUGUAAAUACUGUAGAGAGAGACAUGAGCGAUCCCUUCAAGUCAAAAAUCUCUCUUUGGAAUGAAGAAUGUGGGUGUUUAUAAAUUCUGAAAAUGUCUUUCUGUUCAUAAUAAACUAGACACUGUUGGUCCCUCCCCACCCCCACUUCUAUAAGCCUUUUCCCCCACCCUCAUCCUUUUAUUUUUUUUUCUGUGUACAUAUCACGUUUCAUUUCAUAUAUCGCCUUGAGAAGGCUCAAAAGACAAGUGCAUUCUUGCUAACUGGAAAUUAAAAUUCCAGAUUUUUUUCUUUUUUCUUUUUUUUUUUUUUGAGUCAUGACCAGGGCUCUGUGUUCUGUUCCCUAAGACACCUAUCUCGUGUGUUCUGGGAACUUUCCGUGUUAUGUGUGUUUGAAAUGAAUGCAAUUGGCCCAUUUGCCCUGGUGUUUGCUGGCCUUUUAGUGGUUAGCUAAUAAAACACAGUUUACAGAGAGCACAUAAAAACUUAGUGACCUGCCAUUGAAACAUCUAGUUAGGAGUGAAAAUGGUCAUCCUUCCCUUGUUUGGAAGGUCUAUGAGUCUUGGAACUUUUCACUUCAUCAAAUAUCAAUGGCAACGACUGCACCUGAAGACGUUUCCUCCUGAAUUGUAAGUCGUCUUGCCAUCAAAACUCCCUGACAUGACAGUGGAUCGAUUCAGCGAUCAGGCUCCCUCUGAGUCCCUGGGAACUCAGUCCUGCUGCAGGGAGGAGCAACACUCUACUUCUGGGAAGGGUUGAGCCACCUGGGUGGGGCUACAAGGAAGGAGCAAGGGUUGGAAGGAAGGCACCGCAGUGCCCAGUUGCCCUGAACAACUGGUUGGGGACCCCUGGCUCUAUUCAAAGAGAUAAACAGACCCCCAACUGCUGAAGCUCGGGUUAGUGUUCAGUCAACCAGAUGUACAAUGUUCAGUGUUGCAGAUCCUAAUCAUUUGCAUGCUCAUCAAUUUCUAAGGUAAAUAGGUCUCUAGUCAUAAGAACUCAUUGUUUUCAAGGAACUCGCCGAAUGACAUCAUUUGCUGUCAGUAGAAAACCCCACUGGCUUUGAAAAUAGGAAGUGGAAGUUGGUCUUUUACAAAUGUGUGAGAAAAGACUCUCGUUGUCGAAGUGAUUUUUUUUUAAUUUUUUUUUAAGUAUUCUGACUCAGAUUCUUGCUAAGGUAAGAAGAAGGCAAGCCUACUCGCUCUCUUCCCUCAAGGAUUACUGAGUUACUGAAGAGAGACCAGUGAACAAUGUCAGCCCCAAACAUUUGCCUGCAAAGCUGGCUAAGGUUUCUCAAGGAGCCUAGGCUUUGACUAACGUACCCCUGCAUGUGGGGUUAUUGACAUUUGGGGUGAGAACAGACGAACAGACUGGACAAUCGUCACCUGGUUUCUCUAGCUCUUGCUUUGUAUCGAGUCAGUAGUGUAAAGGUAGACAUUCUUAGUCAGCUUCUUCUAGACUUUACCUGAGCUGGGGUUGAUGAAGGCAUCAAGCUUGGCUGACUUAGAACUGGAAGUUGCUGGUACCCAGGCUGAAAUCUCAUGCCCUGGUUCCUUGAAGGGUUUACUUUAAGCACAUCAGCUGCUAAGUUCUUGUGUUCAAUUCCUAUUAAAGGGGGGUUGGCCUUUAUCUAUUUCCAAGUAUUGCAGGCCAACCAAGGGUUUAUAUUCAUGGGGCUUCUAGUGGCUUCUGGCUAAUCUGGAAGUUAGCGGCUUUUUCUUUUCGAGACCAACCUUUCACAGCAUUCUUUCUUAAAGACUUGUUAAGACAGGGUUUCUUUUUUUUUUUUAAUUCUCCUUUGUGAAAAUAACAAGUAUUUCCCUUGGCUAUGAUGAUACCUUUCUUUUGGGCAAAAGUAUAGCCCUAGAACCAGCUGGAAAUGAGGGGACUCCAUUAAUGAUCAACCGUCUGGGUCAAUAAUGGCAAAUCAGUACUGAUGCUACAUGUGUGGUUAUUUCUUGCUAACUUUCAAAGGUCAGGGACACUCUUGACUAAUUUACGGACUACAACAGUAUAUCUACUCGAGAAUCAUCUAGCCAGAAGUAGAGAGCUUUAUCCUGUCUUUCCUUAGCGUUUGUCUUCUAGCUCUCAUUUAUAUGGGAGAUAAAGUGUUAAGAAACAAUUUUACUGUGCUAUAAGAAACAAUAUUGUAGAGUGUGGAAACCCUAUUUGAUUCAGUGGAACAUCCUAAAGCAAUAUACCAUGUAUGUGGAAACACCUUUAAAACGGGUGACUCAAAGACAGGGGAAGAUGGCUCACCAUAGGAUGACAGUAAGAGUCAUGAGGGAUAGUACAGUUCUGAAGUGCUGUGGUUAGGGGUGAGAAUAAUCCCACAUUUACCUCAUGCUGUCUUGGCUGAGCUCUGUAAAUGAGAUGGUCAUACAAAGAGGUCCUAUACCAGGAAACUGACAUUGGGAGAAAAGGAUUUGUGGAAGGCAUAUGGAGGACAACUCGGGGAACCAAAUAAGAAAUAGUUUCUUCGUAGUGACAGGACAGGAGGGUUAGCGCUGUCAUGACAAGAUAGAUGUUAGCAGGGAGUGAUGCUUUACUCACACACAGACUGCUGAAAAUCUUGAAGGAAACAGGUUGUUUUUCCAGAUGUGUGAGUAGGCACAACUUUGUCAAUAGUAACAAAAAGACUUACAUGCUGAGCUGUUGGGCUUAGCUGUGGAGAGCAAAGACAGCCUUCCCUAGAGUUAGUAGAACCAAAUGUUAAACACUGGGCCUCUGGCCAUCCCUGAGUCAAGCCUGAGAUUGUGAAGGUUCUAUAAGCGCUCUGUCCAUUAGUCUCUUCCACAUGCCUGCAGAGAGUAUGGUGCAGCCAAUGUGUUGGGUAUCUAUCACUCACUAUUGAAAACUAGAGCACCAAAUAGAUACUGGAAGGAGACUGAGAGGUGUUUGGCCCUACUCUUAAUUAAGGAACCUAUAAUUAGCGAAUAUGGUUUUUAAGCAUAUGACUUGGGUAAGGCGUUAUCUCCCUUCCAUAGCUUAUCCGUAAUGGCUUGGCCUUUGGGAUGUCUACACCAAGAGAUGGGUGUGUUAUCCCUUUGCCAUUUGCCUGCUAUGUAAACCUCUCUCUGUCCACGCUGUCCCUUUUUCCAGCACUAACCAUUAUGCCAUACCGUAGAACAAAUUCACUACCCAGGAAAAUGUGUCUGUUUGCAUAUACAUCUGUAGUGCUAGCAUUUUUUUUUUUUAGUCCAUUUUAGAACUUUGCCACUGGCCUACGAAUAUAGUUUUCAGAAUAAUCUUUCUUAUGUAGUUACUUUCCUUAUACCUCUUGGCUACAGGGUGGGCCAAACGAAUCCCAUCUAUCUUUCCAUUUGCUGUGUGUAGUUUGGUUUAUCAUCUGAAGAUGGUGGUGCUAUCGACGGUGCUACUUCAUCUGUGUACAAAAGACCGACACAUGGUCUAUGUUGCUACCAAAACAUUUACUGUAUAUAUGUGGAUAACGUAUGAUGUAUAUAUGUAAUGGGUACCAGGCCAGGUUUAUAAUUUUUUUUCCUUUAGAAGUGUUUCACUCUUCCAAGCUUUCUUUAUAGUGUCAUGCUUGUGUUCAAUUCUUUUACUCCCAAUUCUGUCUGGUACUUAGAAUUGUAGUGUCUUCAUCGUUAAUUAAAGAAAACUGUCUAAA